UGGGCCGCGCGGUUCCCGCCGCUGCCGCCGGGACAGAGAGCGGGCGGGCCGGCAUGGCCCCGCUGGCCGCCCCGCUCCGCCUCCACCGGGCCGCGCCGCACAAAGAGCCUGGGCCCGGGUGGCCUUUAAAGGCGGCAGCCGGGGAUUUAAGGUGUCCCCGAGCGCUGCCCUGCACGCACCGGCUGCCGCCCCGACGUGUGCUUCCCGAGGGGUGCGCCGCCCCUGCGCCCACGUCGCCGCGUCCCCUCUGUUUUUUAUUUCCUAGGCUUGGGAACCUGGGGGGAGGUGGAUCUGUAAAGAAACCAGCCGUGUAGGAGAGGGAGGGGAGGAACCCAGCGGUGAGGUGUGUGCGCCCGAGAACCAUGUCUGCGCGGGAGUCCUUUAACCCGGAAAGUUAUGAAUUGGACAAGAGCUUCCGGUUAACCAGAUUCACUGAACUGAAGGGCACCGGCUGCAAAGUGCCCCAAGAUGUCCUGCAGAAAUUGCUGGAAUCCUUACAGGAGAACCACUUCCAAGAAGAUGAGCAGUUUCUUGGAGCAGUUAUGCCAAGGCUUGGCAUCGGGAUGGAUACCUGUGUCAUUCCUUUGAGGCACGGCGGUCUUUCCUUGGUUCAAACCACAGAUUACAUUUAUCCCAUCGUCGAUGACCCUUACAUGAUGGCCUCUCACUGCUGUGGCCUCUCCCGUUGCGGAGCAAAGGCUCCGGAUGCGCAGGCCCAGCAGCCAUGGCUCAUGGGCCCAGCCGCUCCGUGGCAUGUGGGAUCUUCCCGAACCGGGGCACGAACCUGCAUCCCCUGCAUCGGCAGGAGGACUCCCAACCACUGCGCCACCAGGGAAGCCCCUCUCCCCGUGUCUUAUUCCACUGUGUGGCGUGUGCAUCCGCCUGCUGAUCACGCUCUGCCCCGACACCCCGUCCUGCUCAUUACAGGAUUGCUGCCAGCAGCCCCUCCUUCUUCCCAGCUGGACCCUCCACCCUGGCAGCUGGGAGGAGCCGAUGAAGAGAUUGGCAACAUCCUAUCAUUAGAAAGUGCCGGAGGCCCUUCCUGUGCCAGGGGCACUGGGAUCGAGCCCCACGUAGGGACUGAGGCCGGGAGGUCUGAAGGUGGGGACAAGCACGCAUGCUCCCAGAAACCUGUUUCUCGCCUCUGGCGCAGCGGUCCUGAGAGCCGCGCACGCCACUCCCCCGGUGACCCACCUGUCCGGGGGCCCAGGGGGCUAGAACCGGAGUUCAUCCUGUGCCAGCAUCUCGUAGAAGGACCCGAGCGCCCACGCAGAAGGGGCAGCAGGUCGCUGCAGCCCGAGCCUGUGGUUGGCGCCUCCCAGCUGCUGACGGCGCCGCGCCCGUUACCUCGAGUGAGUCACAGGAGGUGAUCAGGCUCCCUGCCGACCUGCCAGGCGAUUGUGAGACGGCAUAGACGGGCAAUGAAACGGCCGCUGGAAGUGAUAGUAACUUGUGGUUUGAUUACCCUUACGUCAGAAAGAAAAAUUGGUCGUUUUCUCCUUUACUAUCUAGAGAAGGGCAACUUUAAAAAAUUUUUUAAAUGUCUGUUGGCAGUAGAAGAUCUUUAUUACCACGUUUCUGUUGAGUACUGUUUCAGAGUUCCUCAAUAAAACCUUAUAGUUCACUGGGAAAUGCUUCCCUUUGUCUUUAGAAAACAAUCUGAUUUCAGGCCUAGGUGUCGUUUAUUUCUUCUGUCUUUUUGUUUCUCAACCGAGACGAUUUUCCUGUUUAUCUCGUACGAGAAGCUCCCAGAUUUCUCCGUCUGGGUGUAUAGAACCCGUCUUCUCUAUGACCAACAAAGGGGGCAUUUUUAAGGCUCUGCUCGGGAGAAGCGGCGGCUCCACAUCUUCUCUAGCACCGUCGUUUCCCAGCACUUCCACUCCAGCUCCUCUGAAACCAAGCACUCCAAGCUUUUCCCCGACAUCUCCCCGCUCCGUUCCGCACCCAAAUAAAUUGCAGACCUCUCCCUAAAGUUUAGAACGGGAAAGAACCUGGAGACGAUGGGUGCUGCACGAGAAAGGAGAGGUGGUAACGGGAAUGCCCGAGAGUGGUUCUGUGAUGGAGGAAAGGCGGUGAGUCCGUGAAGCACAGAGCCGGGGACCACGUCCCGGCAAGCCCGCUGUGGCACCUGCUCACGUCUCCCCUCU